AUGGCUGUCGAAUCAGAGGAAGUUCACCAUGAGUCAUCUGAAGAAUACGACCCUGAAGAAUACGAAGAUGAUGAGGAGGUGCUCGAUACUGAGCACAUAGAUGUGGAAAUGGAAAAAGAUGAUUUCAAGACACAGGGUAAAGAGAGAUGCAAGGAUGUUUUCCUUAACUUCAGUUCCGAUUAUGAAGAUAAUGAAGCCGAUGAAAACAAUAACUUACUUGAUGAAGAUGAAGAAGGGUUUGGUUCAGAAGAGGAAAUCAAUGACACAGCAGGGGCUAAUGAUCUUGAUUUAGGAGAUGUGGUUGGUGCAGGAUUCCCCUUUCAUGACCCAUCAGUUAAGUGGAAUAAGAUGAAGCCCCUUCUUGGUGAAAGGUAUGAAUCACCACAUCAGUUGCAACAAUGUCUCACUAAUUAUGCUAUUAAGUCAGGGUAUAACAUUAAAUUUGCAAAGUGUGACACUGUGACAUUAACUGCCAAAUGUGGUUCUAAGAUGAAGUCUCAACCCUGUCCAUUCAGAGUUCAUGCUUCCUGGAUGACUCAAGAAAGAUGGCUAGCAAGACACUUUUUGAAGGAGUUGAUAAUGAAACCUAACUUGAAGUGUAAGGAGAUGCAAUCAAUAAUUAGCACGAAAUUUCAUUGUGGUGGGUAUUGGUCUAAGGCUUACAUAACAAGGUGUAGAGCAAUGAGCAUUAUAGAUGGUUUUGGAAUUGAAGGUGGCGGAGUGGCUGAAGUUGAAGGUGGUGGAGUUGAAAAUGAGGAUGAACCUAUUCCAGAAAAAUAUUUAGUCUAUUUAUGGAAGGCAAUGCAAGAUUUGAAACUAUCAGGGUAUUCAAUUGAAGAAAUUAAAAAUACACUUAGUCUGACAGAUUCACAUAUGAAACAGCUCAAUGAUUACAAUGACAUUAUUGAACAAGUUCUUCCUAUGUCUAUGGAAGAGGAGUAUCCACCUCAGACUGAGACACAAGAUAGGGCUGAAGAAAUUAUCCCUGAGACACAACCAGAAAGUGAAGAAGAAGAAGAAGAAGAAGAAGAAGAAGAAGAAGAAUAA